AUGCACUCCAACACUCUAUGUUGCGCGCUCCUUGCCAGUACGGCGAGCGCUCUGUCUCUACCACCUCUCAUCCCAUCUAUCCCAGGUGUGACUGAGCCUCUGUCUACCAAUGCGCCACCUUUGCCCAUCUUGCAGGUGCCAACGCCUCCACUCGAGAGCCCGCCAUUUGUCGGCAACCAGAACCUAAAGCCCAAGAAGAUCGGCUAUUUCUGGACUGCAGCGGGAGACAACAAUCACAAGGACUUUCUGGCGACCUAUUCUCUUGAUGAUGCCACGUUCGGUACCCUCUUGUGGGUCACUGAUGUACCCUCUAGCGGCAAUUCACCACACCACUUGGGCCCAUCUCUUGAUGGAAAGACGCUCGUCGGCGGCGGUCUUCUGUCUCUCUUGAAAACUCAGGAUACCGCCUUCUACUUUGACACCACCAAUCCAUAUCAACCAAAGUUCAAGAAGAGCAACCGCGCUCUGCUCUCUUCCAUCACAGAUGAGAUUCGCGCUAAGCCAGACGGUGGCUUUUUCAUCACCUAUAUGGGAUCUGCCGCCGGCACCUCUCCUGGGCGUCUCGUAGAGACUGAUGCUGAAUUUAACAUUAUCCACGAGUGGCCUGAGGAUGUGCAAGGUACGCUAAACAUUCUUGGGGAGCAAUUCAGCCCACACGGCUUGAGCAUCGACUUUGAGAAGAACAUCAUCCUGACCUCCGAUUUCGUCGUCCCUGUCACCAUCCUGAAGCCUGCUUCCGCUAUUGGCAUCCAAAAAGCCGACACUCUCCGUCUCUGGGAGCUCAGUUCGCGCAAGAUCAUCUCUACCAUCACGAUCCCUGACGGCCAGGGAAUCCAGGACGUAAAAUUCAUUCCCGGGAAUUCAGAAUCCGCCGCACUUGCUACUGCCGUAGGCCCUGGUCAAGUCUGGAUCAUCUAUCCUUUCCGAAAAGACGCCAACGGCAACCAAGGUGUCGCAGAACUGCUCUUCGAUCUUGGCCCGCGUGCACGCGAAAAUCUGGCCAUCUACUCUGACAUCACCGAUGACGGAAAAUUCGCCUACUUCACACUCACCCUUGGCAACCACGUAGCUGCGCUCGAUAUCUCAGACCUCAACAACGUCAAGCGCCUGGACAACCCUGAUGAGGACCAGGGCAUCGUCGGACCGCACUACGUCAAGAUCAGCCCCGACAAGAAAAAUCUGCUUGUCACUGACUACUUCGUUCAGACCGGUGAGAUUGGCGUCGUCAACACGCCUGCAGACUUUAAGGCGCAAUGGAUUGAUAUCUUGCCCGACGGCAGCCUGAGCUUCAAUCGCAGCAUCAACUUCCCCACUGAGUUUGCCAACAGGGGCGGCGCGAAGCCUCAUAGCGCUGUUAUCUUUGACCUGACUGAUCCUAACAAACCCUUCUACUACUAA